AUGUCCGGUUCAUUUUACUUGGGAAUCGGAACAUCUUCAAUAAUAGUCAUGUACUGGCUAUUAGCAAUGGAUUCGAAACUAAUUAUCGACUUGGUUGAAUUUGUGGAGAAAAUUGUGAAAAAACGUGCUGAACAGUCCGAUGGAUCUAAAAAUAUUUACAUUGAAUGCAAUGAUGGAAAUAUAAGUUUUGUUCGCAAAAUGAAAAUGUUUUCAAUUUACGUCAUAAUAACAACGAUUACUGUUCCAAUUUUGUGUCCGAUUGGAAAUGCAAUUUUUAAAUUUCCACCGCCGAAAAUGUGGUUCUUUCCAUUUCCAAUAGCGGUGUGGUGGAAUACAACUCAUGCCCUUGGUUAUUAUGUAGCACUUUUACCACAGAUCGGAUGUACAGCAAUUUAUAUGAUAAGCAUUUCAAUAAUGAUUACGUUUUUUAGCGGCAUUUGCACCUAUGUUGAAGCGUGCGUUGACGAUUUGUCAACACUAAUACCGCAAAUGAAUGAAAUAACCACAAAUUUUACCACAAACUGCCAUAAUUGGAAAAGUACAUUGAAAUUGCGGUAUACAAUUUUCGAUCUGAUUGAGUUGCACACGGAUAUUUUGAGAAUGGGUAAUUUAUUUGCAGUCAUAAUUUCUGGGCCACUGUUCUUUCAAUUACUUGUGUAUGUUGUGUUUUUGGCAUUGAAUUUACUACAAUUCGAUCAGGAGAUUUCCGAUUUCUCAUUGGCCAUGGCAUUGAAUAUAAAUGCGUUGCUUAAUCAGGUUUUAUUAAAUUAUGUCACAUGCAACUACUCAACAAAUGUUGCGCUAAAGGUGUGCACGGUUGCUGAUGUUGCAUUCGAUGCACAUUGGUAUAGUUUUCCGGUUGCUGACCAAAAACUAUUUCCGCUGCUAAUACAACGCACACAAAAGCAAAUUCGAUUAAGUGGAUACGACAUUAUUAACUGCUCAAGGGAGACAUUCAUACUUUUUUUGAAAUCAGCGGUAUCAUACUUCCUUGUAUUUCGUCGACUUAGUUAG